AUGGUCAAGUUGGAUUCACGAAAACUCAAAUCGGGUGUAACAAUGGGAGGUUUUAUGUUUUCUGAACACUGGAAAAGGUAUGUGUCGACACUCCUUUUUGUUGCCGUCUUAAAUCCUACGUCUGCUGUAACACACUACUCUGCUCCCGAGGAACUCGAAGAAGGCUCCGUCGUCGCAAAUUUAGCUGGAGAUUUGGGUCUAGAUGUGAAAACGUUAGUCGAGCGCAAGAUGCGUACAGAGAUCAUUGCCAAUAGGAAGUAUCUGGACGUGAACAAAGAAACAGGGGAGCUGUACAUUGUUGAGCGAAUCGACAGAGAGUCUCUCUGUCCUGCAAAGACAUCCUGUUUUCUGAAAAUGGAGGCAAUAAUCGAAAACCCCAAAAGAAUAUUUUAUAUCGAACUAGAGAUAAUGGACAUAAAUGACAACGCACCUCAUUUUAGAAGGGACACGAUAGAUUUAGAUAUUUCAGAAGGUACACAGGCUGGUGAACGCUUUUCUGUGAGCAAUGCAGUUGACCCAGACGUGGGCUCAAACUCUGUGAAAACGUACCACUUGAGCGAAAGUGAUUUUUUCACAAUAGAAAUUCAAACUGGAAGAGACGGAUCGAAAUUUGCCGAUUUAAUCCUGAAAAAGACUUUAGACCGAGAGCAGCAGGCUGUUCAUUAUUUAAUACUUACAGCUGUUGAUGGCGGUAUGCCUCCUCGUUCUGGUACUGCCAGCAUUGUUGUUCAUGUUUUAGACACUAACGACAACGCCCCGACAUUUGACGAAGAGAGCUACCACAUUAGCGUAAUUGAAAAUUCUCCCAUUGGAAGUCUUGUUGUUCAUCUCAAUGCGACAGAUUUAGAUACGGGGUCCAAUUCUGAUUUAAUUUACUUAUAUAGUCUAUAUACAUCGGAGAAAACCCAAGAAACGUUCCAAUUAAACCCCAACACCGGUGAGAUUACCGUAAAAGGGGUGUUAAAUUAUGAAGAUUUCCGGAUUUAUGACAUGGAAGUGAUAGCAAUGGAUAAAGGAAUCAGUGCAUUAUCGGGGCAAUGCAAACUCAAAAUUGUCGUUGAGGAUAUGAAUGACAACCAUCCACAAAUUUCCAUUAAAUCGUUUCAGAGUUCAGUUAAUGAGGACAUAGAAUUAGACACAGUGAUAGCAGUAGUUAGUGUCAGUGAUAAGGACUCAGGUGACAACGGAGUGGUUGAUCUUCAUGUUCCAGAUAAUAUGCCUUUCAAACUGAGGGAAUCCUCUGAUAACUAUUAUGAGUUAGUGGUCUCAGAGCCUUUAGACCGUGAGAAGGUUCCAGAAUAUGAGAUCACUUUCACUGUUACAGACAGAGGUUCUCCUCCUUUAUCUGACAAUGAAACUAUGACUUUAGAGCUGCUGGAUGUUAAUGACAAUGUUCCACAGUUCCCUCAGUCAUUUUAUACUAUACGUGUAAUGGAGAAUAACGCACCCGGGGCCUUGCUCAGUUCACUCACUGCGUUUGACCCUGACCUCCAUGAAAACCAGUAUCUAGUUUAUUUCAUCCUAGAAAAGGAGAUAGCCAACACAUCCAUGUCCAUGCUGUUCUCCAUCAAUCCAGAGAACGGUAAUCUUUACGCACUAAAGACUUUUGACUAUGAGAUAGAGAAGGAGUUUCUUUUCCACAUUGAGGCCAGAGACUCUGGCUCUCCUCCACUCAGCAGCAAUGUGACCGUACACAUUAUUAUUGUGGACCAGAAUGACAACGCUCCGGUCAUUGUCUCUCCAUGGCGGGCACACGGCUCGAUGGUGGAGGAAAAGAUCCCUAGAUCCACUGAUAAAGGAUCUCUGGUUGCCAAGGUGAUAGCCUUAGACACCGACUCUGUGCACAACUCUCGGAUUACCUACCAGUUUCUACAGGUGACUGACGCCACCUUGUUCAGUCUGGACCAGUACAACGGAGAGAUCCGGACUAUGAGGAUGUUCAGUUACAGAGAUCCACGCCACCAGAGACUGGUUGUUGUUGCCAAGGACAACGGGGACCCUGCCCUCUCUGCUACAGUCACCAUCAAGCUGUCCACAGUGGAGACUGCUGUUAAGGCCUACUCUGACAUGACUGAGGUUCCUCUAGAAUAUGACAUCUUCUCUGACCUAAACCUGUAUUUGGUCAUCGGUCUGGGCUCGGUGUCAUUUCUCCUGCUCAUCACCAUAUUGGUCACCAUCGUGCUCAAGUGUCAGAAACCAAAGCCCAGCAAAGCAGCUCCUCCCUGCAGGAACAGUGUGAUCAGUGAGAGGAACUCCACCAUCGCAGACUCUACUCUGGUCUCCAACGAUGCCUACUGGUACAGUCUGUUUCUAGCAGAGACCAGGAAAGGAAAGAUGGUGGUUAGACAGCCUGUGCCAAAGGGCUCCAGAUACAUUGUAUCCAGUAUACCGAGGAGCACAGGGAUGUCAGAGACUAGUGACUCAGCACCGUCUACUCUUCAGGUAUGA